AUGAAUGUGAUACGAAAAAUCUACCGCAAGGUUACUUGCAAAAAGAAGCCCGAAAACAAUAAACUGAAAGAUGGUUUGGAUGAUCUUAAACAAGAAUUGGAUAUGGAUGAGCACAAAAUACCGCUUGAAGAGUUGUAUGCUCGACUUAACACCGACCCUGAAAAUGGAUUGAAAUCUGAAGAAGUUAAAAUUCGAUUAGAACGUGAUGGACCUAACGCACUGACACCUCCAAAAACGACACCAGAAUGGGUGAAAUUUUGUAAGACACUGUUUGGUGGAUUUUCAAUGCUACUUUGGAUCGGUGCCAUUCUCUGCUUUAUUGCAUACGGUAUUCAGAGAACUGCUGAAGAUGAAGAUGUAAAGGAUAAUUUGUAUCUUGGUAUUGUUUUACUCGCUGUUGUUGUUAUUACUGGAUGUUUUUCAUAUUAUCAAGAAUCAAAAUCAUCGCGUAUUAUGGAUUCAUUUAAAAAUUUAGUUCCACAAACUGCACUUGUUAUACGAGAUGGUUUAAAAACUGAAGUACCAGCAGAAAGUAUAGUUGUUGGUGAUAUAGUUGAAGUGAAAUUUGGUGAUCGUAUUCCAGCUGAUAUAAGAAUUAUUACUGCAAGUUCAUUUAAAGUAGAUAAUUCAGCAUUGACUGGUGAAUCAGAGCCUCAAUCACGUACAACAGAGUUUUCUAAUGAAAAUCCAUUAGAAACAAGAAAUUUAGCCUUUUUCUCAACUAACGCUGUUGAUGGUACAUGCCGUGGUAUUGUUAUCAGUACAGGUGAUCGUACUGUUAUGGGUCGUAUUGCAAAUUUAGCAUCUGGUUUAGAACUUGGCGAAACUCCAAUACAUAAAGAAAUAAAUCAUUUUAUUCAUUUAAUUACAGCUGUUGCAAUGGUUCUUGGUGUAACAUUCUUUAUUAUUGCUUUUAUAUUGGGUUAUCGUUGGCUUGAAGCUGUUAUCUUCUUAAUUGGUAUUAUUGUAGCUAAUGUUCCAGAAGGUCUAUUAGCCACGGUUACAGUAUGUUUAACAUUAACCGCUAAACGUAUGGCUAGUAAAAAUUGUUUAGUGAAAAAUUUAGAAGCUGUUGAAACACUUGGAUCAACAAGUACCAUUUGUUCAGAUAAAACUGGUACAUUAACACAAAAUCGUAUGACUGUAGCACAUAUGUGGUUUGACAAUAAAAUAUUUGAUGCGGAUACUACAGAGAAUCAAACAGGUGCACGUUUUAAUAAAAGUUCACCAACAUGGACAGCUUUAGCACGUAUUGCAAUGUUAUGUAAUCGUGCUGAAUUUAAAACUGGUGAAGAAAAUAAACCAGUUUUAAAACGUGAAUGUAAUGGUGAUGCUUCAGAGACAGCUAUAUUAAAAUGUACUGAAUUAUGUGUUGGUAAAGUUAUUGAAUAUAGAGCUAAAAAUCGUAAAAUUUUGGAAAUUCCAUUUAAUUCUACAAAUAAAUAUCAAUUGUCAAUUCAUGAAACUGACGACAACGAUGAACGUUACUUGCUGGUUAUGAAAGGUGCACCUGAACGUAUUAUUGACCGUUGUAGUACUAUUCUACUUAAUGGUAAAGAAAAACCUCUAAAUGAUGAAAUGCGUGAACGAUUCAAUAAAUCCUACAUGAAAUUAGGUGGAAUGGGUGAACGAGUACUUGGAUUCUGUGAUUAUCGUUUACCAGCUAAAACUUAUCCAAAGAAUUUCAAAUUCAAUGAAGAAGAACCAAAUUUUCCAGUUAGUGGAUUACGUUUUGUUGGUCUAAUGUCUAUGAUUGAUCCACCUCGUGCAGCAGUACCAGACGCAGUUGCAAAAUGUCGAUCCGCCGGGAUUAAAGUGAUCAUGGUCACUGGUGAUCAUCCAAUCACAGCGAAAGCUAUUGCUAAAGGUGUGGGGAUAAUUUCGAAAGGUUCAAAAACUGUCGAGGAUAUUGCAGCUGAAAAAGGCAUACCUGUUGAACAAGUGAAUCCACGUGAAGCUGUUGCUUGUGUUGUACAUGGUUCUGAUUUACGUGAAAUGACUCCAGCACAAAUUGAUGAUAUAUUAGUUAAUCAUCCAGAAAUUGUAUUUGCACGUACUAGUCCACAACAAAAAUUAAUUAUAGUAGAAGGUUGUCAACGUCAAGGUGCAAUUGUUGCUGUAACCGGUGAUGGUGUAAAUGAUAGUCCAGCUUUAAAACAAGCUGAUAUUGGUGUUGCAAUGGGUAUAGCCGGUAGUGAUGUGAGUAAACAAGCAGCGGAUAUGAUUUUAUUAGAUGAUAAUUUUGCUUCAAUUGUUACAGGAGUUGAAGAAGGUCGUCUUAUAUUUGAUAAUUUGAAAAAAUCCAUUGCAUAUACAUUAACAUCGAAUAUACCAGAGAUUACACCAUUUCUAGUGUAUAUUGGAUUUGGUUUACCAUUACCAUUAGGUACAAUUACAAUUCUAUGUAUUGAUUUAGGUACUGAUAUGAUUCCAGCAAUUUCAUUAGCUUAUGAAGAAGCUGAAUCAGAUAUUAUGAAACGUAUGCCACGUGAUCCAUUACAUGAUCGUUUAGUAAAUGAACGUUUAAUUGCUAUGGCUUAUGGUCAAAUUGGAAUGAUACAAGCACUUGGUGGUUUCUUUGUUUAUUUUGUUAUUAUGGCUGAAAAUGGUUUUUGGCCAAGUAGAUUAGUUGGUAUACGUAAAGAAUGGGAUUCACGAGCUGUAGAUGCAUUAAGUGAUUCAUAUGGUCAAGAAUGGACUUAUAAACAACGUAAACGUUUAGAGUCCACAUGUCAAACUGCAUUUUUUGCAUCAAUUGUCAUAGUACAAUGGGCUGAUUUAAUUAUUUGUAAAACACGUCGUAAUUCAGUAAUACAACAAGGAAUGUGGAAUAAAUAUUUAAAUUUUGCAUUAUUCUUUGAAACUGCAUUAGCAAUCUUCCUAUCCUAUUGUCCUGGUUUAGAUAAAGGUCUACGUAUGAUGCCUUUAAGGCCAGUAUUUCAAUGUAUUUCAACGUAAACAAUAAACUAUUGGAUAAGUAUGUAAGCUACAACUUCUCCUAUCACCACCACCAUUACUACUGCUACUACUAAUAGGAGUGUGUGUAGUACUAGUAGUGGUGUAAUGAACAAGAACACGAGCGGGUAUCUCAUUAAAAUCUGAGAACCGUAUAGUAAAUCCUUAAUAUGCAAAAUAUCAAUCCAUCAUAUCAAACUUGGCUGUUCCUGUUGCAAACAUCAAACCGUUGUCUCAGAUUUCAUUGUUCAUGCAUUUUCAUACCAAUUGCGUUCCGUUCCGUUCCGUUCCGCUCCUAUUCUUUCCUCAUCAAUCUUCUAUUGAAAUACAUUCUAUGCCUGAUCAUCGUUAUAUACUACAUGUAUGGAUAUAAGUAAUCCACACCACAGUAGUAUCCUCAAAAAGUCCUAUUAUACAAAGAAGAAUCAUCUAUGAACAUAAUCUAUCAGAUGAUUACUGAUCAAAGAAUUAGUAGAAAUAGUGAAUUCAUUCAAUAUCAGAGAGAUGAGUUCGUGAACUCAUCACAUGAAACAUUUCAUUUCAAUUAUAAUUACAAUCCGAUUAUAAAUAAUACUCGGUUUAUUGAUUUGUUAUAUUAUUAGAUAUACAUGGUGGCUUCCAGCAUUACCAUUUUCCAUAUUGAUUUUUGCUUAUGAUGAAACAAGAAAAUAUUUAAUUCGACGAUUUCCUGGUUCAUGGAUAGAAAAAGAAACUUAUUACUAGAGAUACUACUAAUAACAAUACUACUACUACUAAUAAUAAUAAUAAUAAUAAUAAUUGGAUUCCCUAUUCCUUAUAUUAUUCAUAUACUUGUUAACAAUAUACUGGAAAACACUUAGAUUAUCUGCUUUAGAAACAAAGCCCUGAACAUAAUCAGUACAUAUAAUAUGAUGUUUUAAUUCUUUACUCUUCAAUUAUUCCUUCUUUAUUCUCUUACCUUAUGGUUAUAUGUGUUAGUCUCCUUCUCUUCAUCAUCUUCUUCUUCUUUUCUUUUUCUUCUUUCUCUCUACAAGUGUAUGUGUAUACAUGUCAUGAUUAGAAAUGAUGAACUAUAAAAGUUUCUUUUAUAAUCGACUACAUUCAAUGAUUGUUACUAACGAGUAGUUUCUAACUGGUGUUGAUUUGUUUCUUCUUUAUUUUUUUUUUGGGUUUUUCUCGUUUUUCCCCCCUAUGUAUUUUAAAAAUGUUACUUUAUACAGAUCACAAAUAUAUAUACAUAUAAGAGUUAUAAAUAUAGAUACUUCUAUACUUG